AUGGUCGAUCCGUCGGAGCAAGAUGCUCAGACCACGGGGGACCGACUCAUCAUUGUUCUCCUGGUCGUCGUUUUUGCGGUUAUGACAUCGCUGCUGGCGGUUGGGUUGAGAUUAUGGUGUCGAAGAAAGAUACGGGCGUUGGGAUGGGAUGACUUCGCUGCGGUUAUGACUUGUUUGUGUAUCGUCGGGUAUGGAUCAGGGAUUCUUGCUUGUCUGAGCGAUCCUAGCGGGAUGUUACCAUUCCACAAGAUAAGCAACUUCUACAAGUGUUCAUACUUCAUACUAUUCCUCUACAGCCAGGCCCUAUUCUUUGCCAAAAUGGCCUUUGUUCUUCUCUACUACCGAAUCGUAGCGCUGCCCCACUGGAGAUGGACCUACAUCGCCGCGAUAACCUUUCUCGUCCUCUGGAACGUCUCCGGCAUUUUGUACCACUUCCUGCAAUGCACUCCCAUGUCAACCAUAUGGGAUCCAGCCGUCGUGGGAAAGUGUGUGCCUCAUCAGAUGGAGGUUGGGUAUGUGCUUUCUGGGAUAAAUAUCUUCACGGAUUUUGUUGUGGCUAUUUUGCCUUUGCCGGUCAUUUGGAAAUUGAAUCUUCGGCGUUCGCAAAAGAUUGCGCUGUCGGGAAUCUUCUUGCUGGCAUGCUUUCUUGUCGAUUAUAAGGGUGACGUGGGUUAA